AUUGAAAAUGGUGGAAGCAGUCUUCAUAUGGAUCUGAAGAUGCCUACAGUGAUACUAGUAACUAAACUUGAGAGGUUCCCUAAAGGAGAGGAGGCAAUUGCUGAGGUUGCUGAUGAGUACUUCGGCAGUGUUGGAUUUGUCAUCGUUGAUGUAAAUUUUGUUGAUACAGCAACAAUACCAUCUCUGAGAAUAGACGCUUCCUUCCGGCAAAGUGAUAUACCAUUCUUAGUAAUGCAUCCUGGGCGCUCAGAAAACGCCGAGUUUUUCCAGAUGAAUGAUGAUAUAACUGGCGAGAAUCUGUCAAAAUUUAUUGACAAUGUGCUGGGAGAGAAUGUACCUGAUUAUGAAGAUAAUGAUGUAGUAUAUGAUGACAAAGAUGUUAGCAUUGAAGAUAUCCAAGAUGAUCCUGUCCAAGAAGCAACAUUUCAUGAGAGAGUUGAAGUUCUGGACAUCACUAACGCACAGGAGCUUACCGACAAAACCUUCCCAGAAUUCAUUGCAAGAAAGGACUUGACAGCAAUCUUAUUCCUUGUGGAGUGGGACCCACGAUGCCAGGCUUUUCUCAAGCCCUUUACUUUAGCAGCAAAAGAAGUAAUGGAGUUAACAGGAUUUAAGGAGAGCGCUCUCGCUCAAGUGAACUGCUUUGAUUGGCCAGAUGUUUGCAAGAAGGCCAAUGUGACCCGUUACCCUAUGAUUAAACUGUACAGAGGAACCAAUGAGGUUGUUGAAUAUGGAGGAGUACUAGAUGAAGCCUCUUUCUUGAAGUUCUACUUAUUGUGAGUACG